AGGAGGAAGCUAUCCGAUUUCCAUCGUCGAUCUACGAGCGGCACUUCUCAACUCUCCACAGCCAGCAGCUCUAGUAUUGGCAAACAAGGCUCGCAAUAUGCCCAUCCAAUGCGCCGCGCACCUCGCGCGUAUACUCCUCCUCUAGUACCCGUUUCCUGUCAAAACUCCUAUUUUGAAAACCAUAGCUCCCAAGAAAGGGGGCUUGCAGAAGGAGAUAAUUUGGUACGCGCAGACUCGGAAACCAAUGAUCAAUAUGAGCUCGCCCCUUCGGUGUCCAAGCCCCGCUUGUCACUGCACCUUCCUGACAGCUCAUUUAUGCCAUUACCUGGAGCUGGAACGCCGCCGACAAAUGUAACCGGCCGAGCAUCUUUCGGCUAUUCACGGGAUAAUGGCGGCAUACUGGACACAACAUCGCCGACGACUCGGUCGUCUCUAGAUUUUGUUUUUCGUUCUAAAACACGGGCGAGUAUGGAUCCUGUGUCGCGGGCAGCUACAGUCCAAGCAGCACGCCAAGCGUUUGAAGAAAAGGAAGCAGCUAAGAAUCGGAAGCUCGAGGAACAACGAGUAAAGGCAGCGGAAAGGCAAACAAAACGAAAGGAGAAACAAGGCUACCGGGCAUCAAUAGCAGGGGGUGACAUACGAGAGAAGGAUCGGGAAGCGAAUGCCCCGGGCCGUACUCCACGGGACGGCUCUUAUCGGUCGCAUUCAACGACACGGCCACCCCCAGACUCGGAAAAUUGGAAAUCUCAGUCCAAAAGUACAUGGAUGCUUUUCCUGACGUGGUUGCGAACCAGGAUAUUCAAGUUCAGGAGAAGAGUCCGCAGCUUGAGUUGAUGUAACAUGCUAUUCAUCAAAUUAUUGAAUGUCUAUCAUGCUGUAAAUAAAGCGAUUUAUUAUUUUAGACUAUAUCCAGAACCAAC